CGUUGUCCAGCAGUCGUUCCGAAUGCCCAAUUAAACACGUGCAACCGUUACCCUGGCUACCGAUGUGAAUACACAUGUACAAAUGGCUACAAAGCUGCGUUUGACCAUGCUGUUUGUCUAAAUACAGGAAAAUGGAAUAUUGAUGUCAACAAUUUCUGUAAACUGCCACAAUGUCCGAUGACGCUUAUGAAUGGAUUAGCGCAAAUAGCCGCUAACUGUGACGUCAGCGCCGGAAAAUUGUGCAAGUACACAUGCGCGGACGGGUACACCCUCAACAGUAAACUACCGUCACUCACGUGUGGAGUGAACGGACAGUGGGUAGUUAAAAGUGACCAGCCUUGCAUAUUGAAAACGUGCCCAGAAAAUGCACUACGAUACGGAAACACCACUAAUUGUAACACCCGCUCGGUCGGGACGCCUUGCAAAUACACCUGUAACAGCGGAUACAAGGCAUUACCCAACUUAGAUGAGGUGAUCUGUAGAAAAGACCUUACAUGGCACCCACAGAAUGCUUGUCAAGAAGUUAAAUGCGACAUGUCAUUUGGAUCCGUUACCAUUCAAAAGGACUGUGACUUCAAGAUCAACAGCAAAUGCGGAUACUCGUGCAGCAGUUCCUUUGAAAAACACUCAAACGUUACCAUGUUAACUUGCCGCGCAGAUGGCACGUGGAACCAAACAAACGUCUGCUUAGAGGCAUCUAACGUGGCGGUUACGGAUGCCCAGACCGGAAGUGGCGGAGCAAUUUCCCAGGCCGGGGCAACAGCGGGGAUUGUGAUCCUUGUCGUCAUAAUUGUGGCACUAGUGUUGGUUAUAGCCUUUGUCUUCUUUCGAAAGAGGAAGUCUUCGGAAGUCCCAUACUCCACGGCAUCAUUCCAUAACAAAGGUGACGUGGCCAUAGAGAAUCCGGGUUACCGGGCAACACCAAGCGCCACGCCCACCCCCGAUCGGCGAGGUAACGGCGUAGACGACCACACAUACUCAACCGUGGAUGCUAGCCAGAUGCAGCCAGUCAAAUUUGAUCGCCUCCCCAAUUCACCUGGCAGUGGUGGUGCCAAAGACGAUGGCUUCGUUAACCCGAUGUACCAUAAUAACCAACCAGGAAGCGAACAACUGGCGGAAACAGCGCAGAUCGAUAUCACCAUGGAUGGUGACGACAGCGUUCUUACCAAAGACUCUUGGUUCAAGGAACAGCAGAAGUUGCAUUAGCUGACUUUACAACAGUUACCAGAUUUCUCCACGUUUUAUGUGUUUUGUUAUUAACAGUGUACGCAUGCAGUCGAAUCCCGUUCGCUCGAAGUUCAAUGGACCGGCGAAUUGCUUCGAGUCUCGAGAAGUUCGAGCCAGCCGCGGGAAUGUUUUUAUUCGGUAAAUUUGUUUUCUCGAUCCUUUACAUCCAGUUCGAGCCAACGGGGAAAUCGAGCAAAGCGAAUUCGAGCCAAUGGGGUUCGAUUGUACUUGAUUGAAUGUUAUACAUAUCAUUGACCUAUUAUGUUAAUAUAAACUUGAUGAUGUU